UCCACAAGCGUCUGUCCACUGAAAACCACAACUCUGCAUGUGUUUGUCCAUCGCAAAGCACAAUGCCGCGACCACAGCAGGGAAUCGUAUAUAUACCUACCCUGAUACCUACCCAGCACCAUCAUCCGCUCAAGUUGAAUCGUACAUUCACCUCACAAGUAGUAUCCUCACCCACAUUCUUAUAUAACCAAUUAUGCCAAAGAUCUACGCUUGCUCUAGCUGCAACCAAACUUUUACCAAGUUCGCCGACUGCAAGAUACACGAGGCUAUGCAUUCACCAGAAGAUGCGUACUUCUGCACCUGGGGCGGGUGUAACUUUGUGACGUUGCAUAAAGCAAGUUUCCAUAUCCAUACUGAUGGGCAUACGGGCGAGCAACGCUACAUCUGUCCUCAUGAUGGCUGUAACUACAGAACUCACAUGCCUUCCAGCCUCAAGUACCAUCGCAAGAAAGAACAUGGGUUUGUUCCUGAGCCGCGUGGCAAUCGUCGUGACCCGGCCCAGUCGUCGUCCCAGCCUCCGCCACCGGCAGAGCCCCUUCCCCUUGGUACAUUCUACCAAUACCAAUACCAACCCCAACCCAUGCAACAGCAGGCCAUCCAAUCCUGUCCCGCCCAAUACCAACCCAUGCAACCGCAGGCCGUGCAACCCUAUCCCACCCAAUACCAACCACAAUCCACUCAAUACCAGCCUCCCCCACCUAUCCACAACCAGGCGUUCAAAGUCUUAUACGGCCCAGCGGAUACCGCGGACGACUACACCAUGCAUACCGGACCCACAAGGGCCCCUAAUGGGUGGACUGAGGGAUGCAUGUGUCCUGAGUUGAUGCAGAGACGCCCUUCGGAGAUGCCAGGGUAUGAGUAUAGGCGUGCUUAGUUUUGCAUCAUCUCAAGAAUC